GAGCUCAAGGCUUUUCUGCAAGUCCGCGCGGUGCGCAUCCCUGCUUGGGUCACAGAGAAGAGCGAUCUUCUGUCCCUGGUGAAGGACUCCGCACAUCUUCCCAUUCGACCUCCCGAGGCGCGGAAGGAGAAGGAGGAGGCCAAGAAGAAGGAAGAAGAGACGACUGCACAGCAGAAGACCGUGGAGGAGGAGAAGCAGCCGGAGCAAACUCCAGACUCGACGAACAAG